AUGACCCCCCAAAAUGAAGCAGAAAUGGUCCAAGAACAUGAUGAUGGUAAUGUUACUAAAAAAGUAAAAACAGAAAACAAUGAAUCGGAAGAAAAUGUUGUUGUUAAAAAAACAUAUAAAAAACCAGAUCGAUGUAAUUUGUGUAAACAGUUUUCGGAUUCUGUUCACUUGUAUAGUGGACACCCAAAUAAUUCAAACGAAGAAUUCAUAGCUCUAACAGAUCCCAAGAUUUCUCUAUUUACCGGUAAUGAGGAAGGGUAUAAUGAAGAAGAUAUUCCUACACAUCAGAUUACUUACUUUACUGUUUAUGACAAGAAUGGCCAUUUAUGCUAUUUUGAUUCUGGGUUGGUUGAAAAAAAUGUUCCACUGUAUUUUUCUGGGUAUAUUAAACCUGUAUAUGAUGAAAAUCCAAACACAGAUAAUGCAAUUCCUGCACAUGAUCUUGGACCAAUUGAUGAAUGGUGGAUGGCUGGUUUGGAUGGAGGAGAAAAUAUUAGGGUUGGAUUUACCACUCAGUAUGCUCAGUAUUACUUAAUGGAACCAUCUGCACAAUACCAACCAAUAUUCAAUAAAAUUAAAGAGAAAGUUAAGCUAUCCAAAUAUGUAAUAGAAUUUAUCAGUGAUCAUCAUUGGGAAAAUCCUAAAUAUGAAGAUUUAGUGGAAAAUAUUGAAGGGAGUGGAGAAUAUACCAACAUAGAGGAUACCUUACUGCAAAAUGCCCAGUUUAUUUGUGAUCAGGUAGUAAGCUAUGAUGAGAAUGCUGAAGAUGAUGAGCAACCGCUAAUUACAUUGCCAUGUAUGAGAACUUUAGUAGCAAUGGCAGGUGUAGCUUUUAAACAUGUAAAAAAACUUAAACCUGUCAACAAGAUCGUUAGGGAAAAAAAGAACAACAUGACCAAAGCUGUCACAACUAAACUCGUCCAUGAUGUCUUUGAGUAUUUCUUUCCCGAACAAAUUGACGCCAAAGGUUUAGAAAAAGGACCUAAAAAGAAGCGAUGUGGUAUUUGCGAGUCAUGUCAGUCGCCUGAUUGUGGGGAAUGUAAUCAUUGCAGAGAUAUGGUAAAGUUUGGAGGUUCAGGAAAGUCAAAACAAGCAUGUAAACGGAGAAGGUGUAUGCACAUGGCUAUAAUUGAUGCGGAAGUAUCUGAUAAUGAAGAUGAGAAAGAAGUUCCUUGUGCAGUUAAAUAUAAUAAAACUAAACAGCUGUCCACCAAAAUUAUACACAACGUGAAAUGGAAAGAUGAAAGCAAAGAAAAAUACAAAGACAAAACUUGCUACUCUUCAGCCACAGUAGAUGAUUUUAUUGUUCAAAUUGGCGAUUAUGUAAUGGUUAAAUCAAAAAAUCCAAAGGAACCAUCGUACAUCGCUAGAAUUAUACGAAUGUUUGAUCAACUUCCACAAAAAUAUUUAUUUCAUGGCCUAUUAUUAUGUCGUGGAUCAGAUACCAUAUUAGGAGAAACGUCAGAUCCAAGGGAAUUGUUUAUUAUUGAUGACUGCGAGAAUCUUUUACUAGGAAGUAUUAUCUGUAAAGUAGAGGUAACAUUUCGUCAAAUUCCCCACAACUGGUCAUCAUUAGGCGGCGAACAAAAUUUGGAAGAGCAGUUGGAGGAUGACGGCAAAACGUUUUAUUUUACUAAACGGUUUCAUAAAAACAGAUUUGAAGAUCUUGAUUUUGAUCCAAAUGCCAAUAUUGACGGCUGUGAAGGAUGCAAACGGCAAGGAAUGUUUAAGAAACAGCAGACUCCUACUUUAGUAAACAAAUGUAUUACGUGGAAAAAUGAAGAUUAUAAAACAGGUACAGGAGUCUUCUUAGAUCCAGAGGUUUACACUUUCAACAACUUCUCUAAAGUUGCCAAAGAAAAUAAUGAAAAUCAAUUGGAUGCUGUCCUAUAUCCAGAGUAUUUUAGAAAGAAAUCAGAAAGCGUUAAAGGUUCCAACGAGAAUACCGUCAGUCCGUUUGUCAUUGGUAUAAUAGAAGACAUUAAAGAAUCAAAAAAUAAGGAUAUUAAGAUCGAAGUCAGAAUCUUCUUUAGACCAGAGCAUACUUUUGUUUCCAUGCUUUCGGUAUAUACAAAGGAUUUGAAUUAUUUAUUUUAUAGUGAUGAAGUGAUUACUGUGCCAUUUAACAAAGUAAUGGGCAAAUGCUAUUUGUCUUACGGCUACAAUUUUGAAUCUCCGACAGAAUGGUCUGAACUAGGCCCAUAUCGUUUCUAUUUCACCGAAGCUUACGAUCCAGAAAAUAAGAAGAUAAAAGAGCUUCCCACAAAUGCAAAAAAUAUAGGCAUAAGAGGAAAAGGAAAAGGCGGCGGCAAAAUCAAAGGUAAAGCGAAACAAGAAAACGAUAUUGCGGACUUACCACCCGUGUGGGAUAAAAUCGAUAGACCACUAAGAUGUAUGGAUGUUUUUGCUGGUUGUGGAGGUCUUUCAGAAGGAUUGAAAAUGAGUAAUAUUGCCGAUUCACGGUGGGCGAUCGAAAAAGAAGUACCUGCAGCAAAUGCCUUCAAAUUGAACAAUCCAAAUUGUAAAGUAUUCAACGAUGAUUGCAAUAAUUUAUUAAAGUUGAUAGUGAAUAACGAAGCCAAAGAAAAAGGUUUACCUGAAAAGGAGAAGUCGAGAUGAUAGUGGGUGGACCACCUUGUCAAGGGUUUUCAGGAAUGAAUAGAUUCAAUUCUAGAAAUUACUCUUCGUUUAAGAAUUCUCUUGUUGUUUCCUUGUUAAGUUUAUGUGAAUAUUAUAGACCAGAAUAUUUUAUAUUAGAAAACGUUAGAAAUUUUGUAUCCUUUAAAAAAAGUAUGGUUUUAAAAUUGACACUAAGGUGCCUUCUUACCAUGGGAUAUCAAGUAACUUUUGGAAUACUCCAAGCUGGUCAGUAUGGCAUCCCUCAAACUAGGAGAAGAUUAAUUUUGAUCGCCGCUGCUCCAGGCAACGUUCUGCCAAAAUAUCCCGAGCCGUUACAUGUAUUUAGUAAAAAGGGCACUCACCUUACCUUCAAUGUCGAUGGAUAUAGUUAUUAUAAUGAAUGUGACUGGGUAGAAUCGGCCCCCUACAGGACAAUCACUGUAAGAGAUGCCAUAUGCGAUUUGCCAGAAAUAAAGAACGGUUCUUCCAAAACUGAGUUACCCUACGACAGCGAACCAAAGACACAUUAUCAAAGGAUAAUAAGAAGUAACGAUGAUACUAUUCUAGUUCGGGAUCAUAUUUGUAAGGAAAUGUCAGCACUAGUAGAAGCUAGGAUGUCCCAUAUACCAACUUAUCCAGGAGCAGAUUGGCGGGACUUACCCAACAUCAGUCUAUCGCUACCUGAUGGGUCGAAAACAUUUAUUCUGCAAUAUCCCUAUAAAACUGACAAAAAGAAAGGAGUAUCUAAAGGCGGUGUAUGCCAAUGUGCUCUCGGAAAACCAUGUGAUCCGGCAGACAAACAAUCCAACACUCUGAUUCCAUGGUGUUUACCGCAUACUGCCGAUCGUCAUAAUCAUUGGGCAGGCCUGUAUGGUAGACUGGAAUGGGAUGGAUAUUUUGGUACCACGAUUACAAAUCCCGAACCUAUGGGAAAACAGGGCAGAGUUCUUCAUCCGGAACAACAUCGAGUAGUGAGUGUCAGAGAAUGUGCAAGAUCUCAGGGAUUUCCUGAUAAGUUCAGAUUCUGUGGGAACAUUCUGGACAAAUACAGACAAGUGGGUAACGCGGUACCUCCGCUCUUAGGGCUUGCUAUCGGUAAAGAGUUUAUAAAAGCUUAUAGAAAAACAAUGGAUAACAAAAUUUUAAUUCCUUUGAAUGUUACAAGUUUAGAGGUCGAAAGCAACGGUAUUGCAGCUGAUCUUCGUUAA